AGCGAGGCUUUAGACAAGCAGAAGCGGACGUAUUAAUCUACGUUUACACAAUGGGUGUAGCUGGGACCAUACACCUAAAACCAGAAAGACUUGUUAUUAUACCGUAUGUCCUGCGAUAGGUCAUGUACCGGUAUUGUGUCACACGUUAUUAAUAAGGUGUUAUACGUUUUCACUCUAAGCAAGGCUUUAGACAAGCAGGAACGGACGUAUUAAUUUACGUUCACGCAACACACACGUGAAUACUAUGACAGUUUAGCAGACAUUGCCAUUUUAGUAUGGACAUAGCCAAUUUACUGAUUUAGCAGAGACAUAGCCUUUUUACUUUAGUAUGGGCAUUGCUAUUUCAGUAUGAACAUAGCCGUUUUAGGAUGGACAUAGCCAUUUUAGUAGGGCAUAGGCAUAGCAAACAUAUAUAGCAAUUUUAGUAGGGACAUAUCGUACCAAGCGCAUAACAAACAAUAAAAACAAAAUAAUUACAGAAUCAGGAGGGCAAACAAAGCCUUAUGUAAGCUUUAGAAGGUGCCAAAUUUAAAUUAAAAGUUUUACAACCGAAAGGAAGUGGAAAAUAUAGAAUUAAUUCAAACACAGCAAAACAGAUAAAACAAAUAAAUAACGAGGGAAACUUAGGAUAAUGUUUCAUAGUUUGAUAGUACUGUAACAAAUAAAGUAGAAAACUAGAACUGUGAAAAAUGAAUCACAUUGAUAAUUUUGUUAUAUGGAUUGCCAAUUUGAAUACCGAAUUGAUAAACAAUAAACUGAAAUUGUGAAAUAAACCCACUUUAUGUUAAGGGCAGAUGGUAUCUCAUUUUACUGGUGAUACGGUCAACAAAUAAGGCAUAGUUAUGAACGACCACCCUUUUACCCCUUCUCUUUAUACUCACUCCCAUCUUAUUUUUCCUAAAGUAUGAAUCCCAACCAUAUUAACCCAGACAAUAAUGUCACUGUUGCUGCAUCUGUGGCAACAGGGCUUGAAAAAGUGGCUGCAAAUGAAAUACAAGAAAAAUUUCCAUAUAUGGAUAAGAGUGAUGUAAUUGUCAAGCAAGGUCGUGUGUAUUGGAAAACAAACAGAAGUUCUUUAGCACUUGCUCAUAAAUUGAGGUCGAUUGAUCGCAUGUUUUUGAUUGUAAAAACAUGUGAAAACUAUAUUUACAAGGAAACUAAAGAAGAAUCUUAUGCUGAUCUUGUACAAUUAGCAAGAGAAAUCAACUGGUCUGAUAUUGUAAAAUUUUGGGGCUACAAUAAGCAGUACUGCAAAGGUAAAUCAAGACAAGAAAACCUUUACAAAAAGUACCCAAAAUCUCAGGCAAAAGGCAAUUCCUAUUGCAACGGGGAUAAAUUGGAUGACUCUCCUAGGGAACCAGCAAAAGAUGACAUUUUAGCAUCAUCUGAUACUGAGCCUCAAGAACCAAAAAAGCCACGAACAAGUCAAAAUGGGACUCCUAUUGUACCCAAUAUAGCCCCAGAUGGAACAUUGGUGCGAUAUCGUGUCACAACUAAUAGAGUUGGAAAAAAACAACCUGUCACUUCCCCCGAAGCAUCUUAUCGAUUUGGAGGCGAGAUUCAAGAUAUUACAGAUUGGCAGGUUGAUUUGUCAAAUUACAACUUGGAGAUUAUGCUAUGUCUAGGAGAGAGUUCAUUGGAAGUUGCAGUAGCAUUGACUCUUCAGAGUUUGCACAGAAGGAAUAUUACUCAUUUUGGUGCAACCACACUACGUGCUACAACUGCUUAUUGCAUGCUUAGAAUGUGUAAUAUACAGACGGGAGAAUUGGUUGUCGACCCAAUGUGUGGUUCAGGUGCUAUACCAGUUGAAGGUGCUUUGGAAUGGCCAAAUAGUUAUCAUAUAGGAGGUGACAACACUAGUUCGGCCACAGAAAGAUGUUCUUGUAAUUUACAAUUUAUUAACGAAAAUCCAGAUUUUGUAGAUGGACACCAUGAAAAAGACAAAAGAAUGAACCUCAGAGCAGAUACCAUACAAUGGGAUGUUACUUGUCUUCCACUGAAGACUAAUUCAAUCGAUGUUGUCGUAUCAGAUUUACCAUUUGGGAAACGUGUUGGAUCUAAAGUUGAUAAUCGUAAACUGUAUCCAGCAUUAUUAAAAGAACUUGCACGAGUAACUAUAUGUGACAGUGGAAGAGCAUGUUUGCUCACACAGGACAAAAGAACAAUUAAACGAUCAAUUGAUGGACUUCACUUCCUAUGGAAAUUGAAAAAGACGCAAUAUAUCAACAUUGGUGGCUUGACAGCAGGAGUGUUCUUGUUGCAACGUACAAAGAAUAAUUUUGAGGACAUGCCAAGCUAGAUUAAAAAUGAAAGAUUAUAAGUCUGAAAUUUCCUUCUCAGUUUAUAGUCCCUUUGUUCAGAUGUGUUUGCAGAUGAAUAGUAUGCCAGUGAAUUACCAUUUUGAAAUUACCGCCAUGUUACUGACUCUGUUCUGUUGGUCCUCAUGAAUUAAUCAUAAUGACUGCUUUCAAAUUUUCUUUAG